GGGCAGAAAUCGAGACCAGGACGUGCCAAAGGUGCUUCCGCCAUAGCCAGGAAUUCGUCUCACUGAGAGGCACUUGCAGUUUGGAGCUGCAUGUGGCUACAUGCCUGCGAAGUGUGUAUCGUUGUUACCUUUGGUAACAUUGAGGGCUCAGGGCUCACGGCUCAGCUGGAGCUUGUAACGGCGUUUUGCGUGUGGAUGCUGAGGGGAGGGCGGGUGUGAGGGCGUGAACGCGGUCGGAAAGAGUGACCAAAUCCAUGGGGUAGGUCCUGCACAUGGACGUGAACUUUGAGAUUUGCUGCGGUCGCUGGUGAUAGUCGCCAUGUGAGCUUGGAGGGCGUAGCUGUAGAUGUUAGCCGUGCGAUCGUGAGAGUAAGUGUUCGUCGACAAUCGUUGGGAGGGUUUCCCGGGUUAAUGAAGCAACUUCUGUUGCGCUGAGUAGCGAUGAUGAUGACAUUACAGAAUCACAUGAGGCAACAGCCAGGCGUCGCGCUGAUGACUCUUCAAAGCGCCAUGAGGCCGCAGCAUGGGCAAUCGAUGUUUCUUCUAGAUUCUGUGAAAUUGGAGUCUGUUGAGCAAUUUGGUCAUUCCUUAUCCCGAGUGGAGGAUUUCCCUUCUACUUCAUCCACUGGCGUUUACGAGGGUGUUGACGUGGACGAAGAGAUGUUUUUGGCGAGAGCUCACCAGGAAUACAAAGCUGGUAACUAUAAGUAUGCUCUACAAAAUUGCUUGAUGGUAUAUAAUAAGAGCCCUCAACGCACUGAUGCCUUAUUGCUUCUGGGAGCUAUUUACUAUCAGCUACAUGACUUUGAUAUGUGCCUUGUCAAGAAUGAAGAAGCCAUCCGGAUUGAGCCUAAAUUUGCAGAGUGUUACGGCAACAUGGCGAAUGCUUUGAAGGAGAAAGGAGACAUUGACCUUGCAAUUCUGUACUAUUCCGCGGCAAUUGAGUUGAAGCCCAAUUUUUGUGAUGCAUGGUCGAACUUAGCAAGUGCUUUUAUGAGGAAAGGAAGGCUACAAGAAGCAGCUGAGUGCUGUCAGCAUGCGCUCAUACUAAACCCGCGGCUGGUUGACGCUCAUAGCAACUUGGGAAACCUUCUCAAGGCCCAGGGUUUAACACAUCAUGCAUAUCUUUGCUAUGUGGAGGCCAUUCGAUUGCAACCUACAUUUGCUAUUGCAUGGUCGAAUCUUGCGGGUUUGCUAAUGGAGGCAGGAGAAUUACAGAAAGCUUUGACAUAUUACAAGGAGGCCAUUCGCUUAAAGCCUAGUUUUGUUGAUGCGCACCUCAAUCUAGGGAAUGUAUUGAAGGCCAUGAACAGGCAUCAGGAGGCAAUUGCAUGUUACAAUCGUUCCAUCCAGCUGCGACCAGACUAUGCCAUUGCAUACGGGAAUCUUGCAAGCGUGUACUACGAACAAGGGCUUCUUGAUCAUGCUAUUGUCCACUACAAGCAAGCUCUUCUUUUCGAUUCCUCCUUCAUAGAGGCUUAUAAUAAUCUGGGUAAUGCGUUGAAGGAUGCAGGACAGGUAGAUGGCGCUAUUUCCUGUUAUGAGAAAUGCCUCCAACUUCAGGAUAGUCAUCCGCAAGCGCUUACAAACCUUGGCAAUAUUUACAUGGAGUGUAACAUGGUAAGUACCGCAGCAACAUUCUACAAGGCAACGCUGAACGUUACAACUGGUCUCUCUGCUCCAUACAGCAAUCUGGCUACUAUCUACAAGCAACAGGGUAAUUAUGCAGAUGCUAUUGCUUGUUACAAUGAGGUCAUGAGGGUAGAUCCCAUGGCUGCAGAUGGAUUGGUGAACCGAGGAAAUACGCUUAAAGAGAUUGGCCGGGUUAGUGAAGCUAUCCAGGAUUACAUCCGCGCUGUAGCUAUACGGCCUACGAUGGCGGAGGCACAUGCAAAUCUUGCUUCAGCGUAUAAGGACAGUGGACAUGUGGAGGCAGCUAUUAAAAGCUAUAAGCAGGCUCUUUUCCUCCGUCCUGAUUUUCCAGAGGUCACUUGCAACUUGCUUCAUACCCUUCAGUGUGUGUGUGAUUGGGAUGACCGGGACAAGAAGUUCACUGAAGUUGAGGCUGUUAUACGACGACAGAUUAAGAUGCGGCUUUUGCCAAGUGUUCAGCCCUUCCAUGCUAUCGCGUAUCCAAUUGAUCCAAUACUUGCCUUGGAGAUAAGUCGAAAAUAUGCAGAACAUUGCUCGUUGAUUGCAACGAGAUACGGGGUGCAAUCAUUUACUCCCCCAAUCGCCAUCCCGGUGAAAAAUGAAGGUGGCAGCGGUCGCCUCCGGGUUGGGUAUGUAAGUAGUGACUUUGGGAACCAUCCUCUGUCGCAUCUCAUGGGGUCUAUCUUCGGGAUGCACAAUCGUAAUCAUGUGGAGGUGUUCUGCUACGCACUGAGCCCAAGUGACGGAAGCGAGUGGAGACAGAGGAUUUCUGCAGAAGCUGAGCAUUUUAUAGAUGUUUCUGCAAUGGCGUCAGAUGCAAUUGCUGAAUUGAUAAACAAUAAUAAGAUCCAAAUCCUUGUUAACCUCAAUGGUUACACUAAGGGCGCCAGAAAUGAGAUUUUUGCAAUGAGACCAGCUCCCAUUCAGGUGUCAUACAUGGGGUUUCCUGGUACUACUGGCGCAGAUUACAUCGACUAUCUAGUAACUGAUGAACUCGUUUCUCCGCAUGAAUAUGCGCACAUUUACUCAGAGAAAAUCGUCCACUUACCACAUUGUUACUUUGUCAAUGAUUAUAAGCAGCGCAAUCGCGACGUACUGGAUCCUUCCAUCAGCAUGAAACGUUCGGACUAUAGCCUACCUGAAGACAAGUUUCUAUUUGCUUGUUUUAACCAGCUGUACAAGAUGGAUCCUGAAAUUUUUUCCACAUGGUGCCGAAUUUUGAAACGUGUUCCCAACAGUGCGUUGUGGCUUCUGCGUUUUCCAGCUGCUGGAGAAACCCGCCUGAAAGCCUUUGCGAUUGCCCAAGGUGUCAGGCCUGAGCAAUUUAUUUUUACAGAUGUGGCUGCCAAGAAUGAGCACAUUAGACGAAGUGCCCUUGCCGAUCUUUUUCUGGACUCACCUCUUUGCAAUGCACAUACAACUGGAACAGAUGUGCUGUGGGCUGGACUGCCUAUGGUGACUCUUCCACUUGAAAAGAUGGCUACACGAGUCGCUAUGUCACUAUGCUAUGCAGCUGGUUUUGGUGAAGAGAUGGUUGUCAGCAGUAUGCAAGAAUAUGAGGAGAGAGCGGUGAUGUUAGCGACAAAUCCUGCCAUUUUGAAGGCCUUAACUGCAAACCUUCGUGCAUCCCGGCUUUCGUCUCCCUUGUUUGAUACCAUCCGCUGGGUACGCAACUUUGAGAGGUCGUUUUUUAAGAUGUGGAACUUGAACUGCAGUGGCGCUCAUCCUCGAGCAUUUAAAGUGGUCGAGGAUGAUUUGCAAUUUCCACAUAACCAAUAGCAUCGAGCAGCGUGGGAGAUUCGUAUCAGAUAUUGAUCAUAUAGUAUAGUCUAUUAUUUUUUCUGUCUGAGUUAGGUCAACAUCGCUUAUAUCGUAAACAUUUUGAAAUCAAUCUCUUGGAACCCUUUCUGUACUCUGGAAUUCAGGUUUCCAAAGCUUUCAAGCUCUGGUUGUGGCUUCUGAGUUGCAGUUCGGAAAGCGUUAGUUUAGAUUGAAGGGUUGUGAAUCUAACAGAAUUUAUAUAUUUGAUAGGAACCUAAAGUUGUACAUACAACUGAGGAAUUAUGCAGCUCAUGACUAGCAUCUGUUAAAUGUGCGAGUUUGAAUCGGUGCAUGCCUGUACUCCACAUAAAUCACAAGCCGAAGCCAUUGCCUCAAUGAAAACAGUCCCACAA